UGACCGGCGGUGGGGUUGAUACUGAUGUGAAUUACGCAGGCAUCCAAGCGUUUGACCUAACCAAAGGAACAAGCGGCCAAUGGUACACUCCAAAGACCUCGAAUCUUGACACGGUCCAACAUCUCACGUAUCUCAACAGUCAUAGGCUCGUCAUAUUCAAAACUUCUUUUGGCGACGAAGUAUUGUUUCAAUUUGGAGGAUCACCAUCAAAUGACACUUACCUGCUACAUAUUGGCAACAUGACAUGGGAGACAAUACCAAAGGGAUCGACCACACCACCUCCAAAUGGACUCUUCGGUAUUGGAUACUCCAAGGAUAAUGUGUACAUUGUCGGCGGAACUUCGGAUUUCGAUGGCACCUUAUACUCCAGCGUGUGGGGUUUCAAU